UCUCCUCAAAGUGUGGAAUUUAAACCAUGUACCUUAAGGGAGGCACGAUACUGGCGCUUCUCGCCGCGCUGCAGGUUGCGGCUCAGGAUAGUGGAGAUCCGCUUUGCCAACCCGGCUUCACGGAGAAGGUGUACAGCGUCGCCGUGAACGACCUCAUCUCCGACGGACAGGCUCUGCUUAAAGUGGGUUUCGUGGACUGCGACCGAGGGACAAACAUGCGUUUUGAGAGUGGCGAUCUGGCCGAUUUCCGGAUAAGAGACGAUGGAACUCUGUUCGCCGCCCGGAAUCUACGGAUGUCAGACAGGAAGGGGCGGGCCCUGAAAAUCAAAGCACGGGAUGUAGAAUCUCAGGAGGUGUGGCUUACACAGGUCAAUUUCACCUGGCCCAGCGCACCGAAACAGGUGCCCGAGAUUGUGUUUCCAUGGCGAAGUGUGGUUGUCCACGGUGACCAAAGCGUGAGGCGGAUGAAGAGAGACUGGGUCAUUCCCCCCAUCAAUGUUCCAGAAAAUUCCAGAGGACAAUUUCCAGAAGAGCUUGUCAGAAUCCGGUCGGACAGGGACAGGAAUAGCCUCCUGCGUUACAGUGUAACAGGACCAGGGGCAGACCAGCCCCCCACCGGCAUCUUCAUCAUUAACCCCAUCUCAGGCCAGCUGUCCGUCACCAAACCGCUGGACCGGGAACAGAUCUCCAACUUCCAUCUGCGUGCUCAUGCGGUGGACAUUAAUGGGAAUCAGGUGGAGAACCCCAUCGACAUCGUCAUCAACGUCAUCGACAUGAACGACAACAGACCAGAGUUCUCACACCAAAUCUGGAAUGGAACCGUGGCUGAGGGCUCAAGACCAGGCUCGUUUGUGAUGAUGGUGACAGCCCAGGAUAAAGACGACCCAAACACAGCCAAUGGGAUGCUCCGAUACAAGAUCCUGUCCCAAAGCCCGGAGAGCCCCUCCUCCAACAUGUUCACGAUUAACAACCGGACCGGAGGAAUCAUUACAGUGGCCGCCGGACUGGACCGAGAGAAGGUGUCCCAGUACACACUGAUAAUCCAGGCGACGGAUAUGGAGGGAAACCCAACAUAUGGCCUCUCUAACACAGCCACAGCCAUCAUUCGCAUUACAGACGUCAAUGACAACGCUCCUGAGUUCACCAGCAACACGUUUUUCGGGGAGGUGCCUGAGAAUCGGGUGAACGUGAUUGUAACGAACCUGACGGUGACCGAUAAGGAUCAGCCCAACACGCCGGCGUGGAACGCCGUCUACCGCAUCACCGCUGGAGACCCCACUGGACGUUUCUCCAUCCCCACUGAUCCCACCACCAACGAGGGACUGGUUACAGCGGUCAAGCCAAUUGAUUAUGAGAUAACUCGUUCCUUCAUGCUAACGGUCGUCACCGAGAAUGAGGUUCCGCUGGUGGGCGGAAUUCACCACCCCCGCCAAUCAACUGCCACCAUUUCCAUACGCAUCAUUGAUGUGAACGAACCACCGAACUUUGACCCCAACCCCAAACAGAUCAAACUGGAAGAGGGUCUGCCAGCAGGGUCAAUGCUCACCACGUUCACUGCCCAUGACCCUGACAGAUACAUGCAGCAAAGCAUCAGGUACUCUAAGCUGUUUGACCCUGCCAACUGGCUUGAGAUUAAUCCUAAUAAUGGGCGAAUUUCUACAGUCGCCAUCCUGGACCGAGAGUCUCCCUACGUUAAAAACAACCUCUACAACGUCACCUUCAUGGCCUCAGACAACGGUGUUCCCCCGGCGAGUGGGACAGGGACUCUGCAGAUCUACCUGUUGGACAUAAACGAUAACGCCCCGCGCGUCUUCCCUCAGGAGGCAGAGAUGUGUGAGCGGCCGGAGCCUAACGGCAUGAACAUCACCGCCGUGGACGGAGACCUCAACCCCAACGCCGGACCCUUCGCCUUCGAACUGGCCAAUCGCCCCUCAGAUAUACGCAGGAACUGGACCAUCACUCGCCUCAGCGGCGAUUACGCACAGCUGAGUUUGAAGAUCGGCUAUUUGGAAAGCGGCAUCUAUGAAGUGCCAAUAAUAAUCACGGACUCGGGCAACCUGCCCAUGUCCAACACCUCGUACCUGCGCAUCAAAGUAUGCCAGUGCGAUCACCAUGGCGACUGCGUGGAUAUGGAGCGGAUCAUGGCCGCCGGCCUUGGCACAGGAGCCAUCAUCGCUAUUCUCAUCUGUAUCAUUAUCCUGCUGGUGCUGGUGUUGUUGUUUGUGAUGUGGAUGAAGAGGAGAGAUAAAGAGCGACAGGCCAAACAGUUACUGAUCGAUCCAGAGGAUGAUGUAAGAGACAACAUCCUCAAAUACGACGAGGAGGGAGGAGGAGAGGAGGACCAGGAUUACGAUCUGAGCCAGCUGCAGCAGCCGGACACGUUGGAGCCAGACAUGGUGAAACCGGUCGGAAUCAGACGUCUGGAUGAACGACCACUGCACCCAGAGCCCAGCUACCCCCUCCGCUCCACUGCACCACACCCCGGGGACAUCGGAGACUUCAUCAAUGAGGGUCUGAAGGCCGCUGACACUGACCCCACUGCUCCUCCGUAUGACUCCCUGCUCGUCUUUGACUACGAGGGGAGCGGCUCCACGGCAGGCUCUCUCAGCUCCCUGCACUCCUCCAGCAGCGGAGGAGACCAGGACUACGACUACCUCAGCGAGUGGGGCCCGCGCUUCCGCAAACUCGCAGACAUGUACGGGGGGAACGACGACUAGGCAGGGACCAGAGGAGGCGGAGACGGAGAGAGAGAGAGAGAGAGAGAGAGGGAGAGAGAGAGAAGACGAGGAGGAGGAUAGGGCGAGAGAAAAAACACAGUGUGGCACUUUUUAAUCAUGGAACUUGAACUGAGUGAAUCUGAAACGGUUAAAAAGAAGAAACCAAUAUUUCCCUGAGAGAGACCGAGACAGAGAGAGAGAGAGAGAGAGGGGGGGGAGUGUGGAAGAAUGAUUACCAUGGAAACUGAGCUCACUCUCUCCACUGUCCUUCAGACCUAGGGCGAUCCACUGGAGGACUUUGAUGUGAACGGAGUUCAGCUUUGCUCAGAGUAAGGGACCACUGUUGCAAUGCUGAGAGAACACUGAAGGAACGUUUAAGGAACACUAAAGGAACGCUCAGUUACACUUGAAUCUCA